AUGCCGGCGCCCAUCGACGAUUUGACCACUGCCACACACGCAGUCGCCAACUCGCUGGACCGCAUCAGCAAUGCCAUCAAGCAGAGCGCUGAGCGGCUGCGUUCUGACCCCAAGGGCUUCCACCACGCGCUGCGCAUCCUCUUUCAGACCGCCGAUUCUCCGCACGGCAAGUUCAUAUUCACAGGGGUUGGCAAAAGCUAUCUGAUCGGGCGCAAGCUGGCAGCGACCUGGACCAGUGUCGGCUCACGCGCCAUGUGCGUGCACUCCACUGAGGCACUGCAUGGCGACCUGGGCAUUGUCUCGCCAGGCGACUGCGUGAUUGCGCUCAGCUACUCGGGCAACACCGAGGAGGUCGUGCGCAUGGUGAAGGCGAUGAGGAGCGGGCUGCGGGGAGAGAGCGUGGGAGUUUCGGUGGUUGGCGUGGGCCGGUCCAGUGACUCACCUUUAGGGAUGCUCAGCGAUGCCUUUAUUGACGGUUCGGUUGAUGGUGAGCUUUCGGAGGCAGUGAGUGCGCCAACGACCUCGAGUUCGGUAACGCUGGCCAUUGGCGAUGCCAUUGCGAUGCUGCUGAUGGAGAGGCGGCAGUUUGGGCCCGCAGACUUUGCACGCAACCACCCUGGCGGGAAUCUGGGAAGAGUCAGCCGAGAGAUGAGCGGCCAGGAGCAAUAG